GUUUGGUUGGUGGAGUUUGGUGAUAGGGAAGUUUGAGUUUUUGAGGUUUGGGGGAGUGUUGAGGUUUGAUAAAGACUUGAUUUUGAUAACUGGGGUUUGAUCACAAUUUUGGCUUUUGUAUUGGAACAUUGGAUUUGGUGAAAAAGAUUGAGAAUUUGAUGAUGAUUUGUUAAAGAUUGUGGAAUGAUGGUUUGAUGAAGAUUGUGGAAUAGGAGAUUUUAUGUUCUGUAUAUCUGGAUUUGGUUCUAUAUAGAUGGCAACCAAUUCGCCGUCUCCGAACUCAUCUCCUUCAGCUGUUCCACCAGCUACUAGUUCAACACGACCACCACAGCCCAAUGUAGAAUCACCUGAUUCCUCAAACUCCACAACUCAAUCUCCACCACCUGAUGUUCCAUCAGCUCCUCCUCCAACUACAUCAUCAUCAGCACCACCUCCAAAUCCAUCCCCUCCUUUAGUACCUACACCAUCACCUCCAGUGAGUAAACAGUCUGAUCCACCAGCCUCACCGCCACCGCCUUCUUCAUCCACUGUGCCUCCUCCAGCUUCAAAUUCUCCACCCCCUCCAUCAUCUAACCCCCCAAAGAGUUCACCUUCCCCACCACCACCAGUGUCUGAUCCACCUGCAAGUUCAUCACCUCCACUGCAGCCAGUUAGUUCACCUCCACCGCCAGCUUUAAGUCCUCCUAAGAGUUCACCUCCACCUCCAUCAUCAACACCCCCCAAAAGUUCACCUCCACCACCAUCAGAGCCACCUAAGUCUCCUCCACCUCCACCUCCACCUCCACCAACAAAUCCCCCUGAAACAUCACCACCGCCUCCACCAACAAAGCCCCCUGAAGCCUCACCACCACCACCAGCAGUAGACCCACCAAAGAGUUCACCACCACCAUCACCUAUAGACCCACCAAAGAGUUCACCACCACCUCCAAAAGCUGAGCCACCCAAAAGUUCACCUCCACCACCAGCGCCAACUCCUCCUAAAAGUUCGCCUCCUUCACCGGCAUCAGAGCCUCCCAGUAGUUCACCCCCACCUUCAAGCCCCAACACUCCCCCUCCACCCGAUUCUCAACCAACUCCUUCAGCACCACCUCCAAAGUCAUCAGCUCCACCUCCCAAAGUACUGUUCUCACCACCUCCACCCCCAGAUGAUGCUCCACCACCAACUCCUCAGAUUCCAAGCCCGCCAUCAAGUGUUUCAAACCCAACCGAUUCCAAUCCUACUGUGUCACCAAGUUCAAAUGCCGUGAGUAAUAAGGGUAUUGGCACUGGAGGUGCAGUGGCAAUUAGUGUAGUGGCAGGGAUAGUAGUGCUUAGCUUCAUUCUAUUUGCUGUAUGGUGCUUGAGGAGGAAGCAAAGGAAAAAGGUUUCUGGAUCUGGAGGUUAUGUUAUGCCAUCACCAAUGGUAUCUUCUACCCGAUCCGAUUCAUCAUCAUUCUUGAAGACACAUUCUUCAGCUCCCCUUAUAGGGAGUGGUUCUGGCAGUGAUUUCGUGAAUUCUCCUGCAGAACGAGCAGGAAGCAAUUCAAGACCUUGGUUUACUUAUGAUGAACUAGUUAAGGCCACAAAUGCCUUUUCAUCUCAGAAUCUCUUGGGGGAAGGUGGAUUUGGUUCUGUAUAUAAGGGAGUACUGCCUGAUGACAGAGUGGUGGCUGUAAAACAAUUGAAAAUGGGUGGGAGUCAGGGUGAGAGAGAAUUCAAAGCUGAAGUUGAGACUAUUAGUCGCAUUCACCACCGCCAUUUGGUUUCUCUGGUGGGCUACUGCAUUUCUGAGAACCAAAGGCUGCUUGUCUAUGAAUAUGUUUCUAAUGAUACCCUCUAUUUCCAUCUUCAUGGUGAAGGUAGGCCAGUUCUUGACUGGGCCAUACGUGUUAAAGUUGCUGCUGGUGCAGCUCGUGGAAUUGCCUAUCUUCAUGAAGACUGUCAUCCUCGUAUUAUUCACAGGGAUAUCAAGUCGUCAAACAUUCUAUUAGAUAACAAUUUUGAAGCUCGGGUUUCAGAUUUUGGACUUGCUAAAUUGUGUCUGGAUGCAAACACACAUAUAAGUACACGUGUCAUGGGAACUUUUGGAUAUGUCGCCCCUGAGUAUGCUUCAAGUGGAAAACUGACUGAGAAAUCUGAUGUGUACUCAUAUGGAGUUGUGCUUCUGGAAUUGAUUACUGGACGGAAGGCUGUGGAUGCGGCCCAACCGUUGGGAGAUGAGAGUCUAGUUGAAUGGGCUCGACCCUUAUUGGGUUAUGCUCUUGACAAUGAGGAAUUUGAUGGUUUGGUUGAUCCAAGGCUUCAGAAGAACUAUGUUGAAAGUGAAGUGUUCAGACUGAUUGAGAUUGCUGCUGCUUGUGUGCGACACUCAUCUGCUAAGAGACCACGAAUGGGACAGGUUGUUAGAGCUUUCGAUAGUAUGGCCGCAGCCGAUUUAACCAAUGGAAUGAAAGUGGGAGAAAGUGAGGCAUUCAACUCGGCUCAACAAUCAGCUGAGAUUAGAUUGUUUCAGAGAAUGGCAUUUGGUAGUCAAAAUUACAGUACAGAUUUUUUUAGCCAAGGAGAAGGAUAUAGUCGUGAGGUAUAGUAUAUAUGUAAAGAGAUCAUGAUUUGUCUCAGCAGAGACCCUGAUUUUUCUGCAACCUGAACUGCCUGCAUCAGAUGUAGAGACUAAAACCACAUACUUUUUCUUGUUCAUGUAAAGGGUCAUUUUUUGCUUCAACCUGUCUUAUAGUAGUUUCUGCACUGCUAUUUUUUGCCCCUGUAAUUAUCUUGCCAUGACCUUUGCCUUGGUGCUAUAAAAUUAAUAAAAUCA